AUGUCCGAACGAGGCUCAUUCCGAGGAGGUCGUGGCCGCGGCGGCGGAGGUUACGACCGGUCGGCUCGUGGCGCCAGAAGUGGCGGUGCCGGUGGCGGUGCUCAGCAGCAACAGCAGGAGAAGCCCAAAAAGGAAAACAUCCUCGAUCUGACCAAGUAUAUGGAUAAGGAGGUGCGGGUCAAGUUCAACGGUGGUCGUGAGGUCACGGGCCUGUUGAAGGGCUAUGAUCAGCUGAUGAACCUGGUCUUGGACGACGUGAAGGAAUCUAUGCGUGAUGACGAGGGUAACGACAACACCCGCUCCCUCGGGCUGAUCGUCGCCCGCGGUACUCUGAUCGUGCUGAUCUCGCCGGCCGACGGCAGCGAGGAGAUUGCCAAUCCCUUCGUGCAACCGGAGGAGUAA